CGAUCCGGACUAGAUGUGGACCAGAAACGCCCACCAAUUCGACUUCGUCGCGACGCUCACAGAGGAGUACUGAAACGUUAACGCCGUCCGAUACGUACUAUAAAUUGUGUCUGGUUUAUUUUAUGAAAUAAUUUAAUAAAAUGUGAUUGAACCGAAGAAAUUUUAACUGAAUAUUUUUGGCGGUGUUUAAGUGCUAUGUUUACAAUGUUCUUGAGAAGUCGAAAUAUUCAAGUCCUCGGAGUUCUAGCGCUAGUUAAUCUGGCAAUAUGCUUGAAAAUCACCAACAUGACCGCACCAGUGGUCCAGGAUCCGCGGUCCGAUCUCCAGAUCCACUGCCAGUUCGACAUGGGGGGCGAGGAACUUUACGCCGUCAAGUGGUACAAGGACGAUCACGAAUUCUAUCGUUACGCUCCCACUGGUCCCAGCGUCUACGUCGAUUUCCCAGUGCCGGGCGUCAACGUUAACAAAAGGAAAUCCAAGUGCAUUAAGGAUACUUGUUAUCUGGUGUUGCAGGAGUUGCAGCGGCCCUACAGUUCGGGGUCGUACAGGUGUGAGGUGUCCAGUGAGGCUCCGGCGUUCAGAUUGGCCUCGAGGACUUAUAAUAUUACUGUGGCAGCCUUGCCGGCGAGUCUACCCAGUAUAGAGGACAUGUCGGAUAGUUAUUUUACCGGGGAGGUGAUACUUUCGUCUUGCACAUCCGAUUUUGGCGACCCCCAACCUAAAUUAACCUGGACGAUCAAUAGUAAAGAAGUAUUGCCAAAGUAUGUUAAGGAGUUGCCGAGUAAAAUUGAGUUCUUUGAAUCUAACAAACAUGUUAACCUCCAGAAUAGGAUUCUCCAAUUGAAUUUGCCCUUGGAUAAAAAGAUUACUGGCAAACAACCCUCAAAAAAGUUGGAGAUCGAAUGUGUAUCCUCGGUUGAUGGUAUAAACCAUCUUGUUUCAGUGAAAAGGACUGUUACGAUAACUGAUGAAAAUCAACUGGUGAAAAAUCAAAUGUUGCACUGGCCCAACAGGACCAGUAAACUGGUUGUUAGUCAAUUUGUGUCAAUAAUUUUGCUCAUUGUACUAAAACUUUGUUAAAAUCUAGGUGUUCUAGAAAAAGAGUCCAGAGAUGUAUAUAUUUGUUGUUCUACUCUCAUAUCAAAGUUCUUUUAAUAUAAAAAAAUUGUAGCUGUACUCCAGUGUAAAUAAAUCCAUGACAUUUAUUUAAAUUACACAGAUAUCGAAUUGAACCUGUAUUUUCAAGAGUUACGACAUCAUUUAAAAAUAUAUAGAUUCUAUGAAAUUUAUACCAUGUACAUUUUACGUAUUCAUGUU